CUGGAUAUAAAUUCAAUCAAUGAGAGGAAGCUUCCAUUUCGCAUCGGGUACUGGCCACAAAACACCAUGUGGUCUCAUCUUAGCUUGUUCUUAAUCGUUGGCGUAGCCGUGAGCUACUGCGAUCAGCAUCGAUUUGCCGAUGAAAAUCAUGAUUAUGGUUGGAGUAAAAACAAGGAAUAUAAAUAUACCGUACGAAGUACGACGAUGACGAACCUGGACGACCCACAUCAUGAAGCUACCGGUAUUACGAUGAAAGGUAUUCUCACUAUUCAAGCGAUGACACCAAACACGUUAUAUGGAACACUUCGCGAGCUGCAAUAUGCUCACAAGGAAGAAAUACGACCAACAAUACAACCACGCGAGGAUUCUCAGGAGGAGGAUGAAACAUAUCACAACGUUCCGAUAUCCGGAAAAUCGUUCCAGAUUAACAACAAGAAUGGAAUGAUCCAGGAAAUGACAGUCGAGAGGGAAGUACCUUUUUGGGAAGUAAACAUACUAAAGAGCUUCAUGAGCCAGUUGCAGGUCGAUUUAAGUGGUCAAAAUAUAAUACCGAGCAAGUAUAAUCAAAUGCCCGAGGACGCCCAACAGCCAUUCUCCUCAUAUAAAGUCAUGGAAGACUCUGUCGCCGGCAAUUGCGAAGUUUUUUACGAUAUCCUUCCGUUGGACGAAGAUGUUGUGACAAACAGCCCGGAAUUGAUGCCUCGACCGAGCUUUGACGGAGGCUUUGACGGAAGAAAUUUUAUUGAGAUUAGGAAAACGAAGGAUUAUAAAAAUUGCAAACAGCGACAUAACUAUAUUUAUAAUCAAACUAAUGAGCGUCUGAGUUGGCCGUACACAAAAACUCCAUCAGACACAUCUGUUUCGCAAAUAUCUACGACUCGCAUGAUUAUCUCGGGCAAUCUGAGAAAAUUUACCACCCAAUCGUCUGUGACGCAUAGUACUAUAUUUAUCAAAUCUGACAGAAAAGACCGUAUCAUUGGAAACGUUCGCAGCAUGAUAAAUUUAACGUUAGUCGAAGUGAAUGAUAAACCAGUAGGACAGAAAGCGGAGGCAAUGGUACCAACCGGGAACUUAAUGUACAUGAAUACAAACCCGUUCGCCGAAUCACAUACCCAACCACACCUGAUCGCUAGAGAGUUCCACCAAAUCCAAUCGUCCGAUAGAUCUAGACUUAAGGAGACUCUUAGGUCAGACUUUUUCAACAGCAACAGCAACAGUGAUUCAAGCUCUAGUGAGGAGAACAUUUCUCCAUACAGGAAUCCUCUCCAUACAGAAUUCAUACCACCGCGCUUAAUCGAGGUUCCGUAUAACUCGUUCAUGCCAUUGUUCAUCGGCCUUAGUGGCAAGAACAGUUCUGAAGGUUUUAUUGCCCCAGAGGUAUUAGCCGCGAACUUGAUAAUGCGAGUAACCAAAGCAUUAGAGGAUCCCACUGUUUUCAAAUCCGAUGAAAUGAUAGAGACGUUUAUGCUCUUGCAAGAUCUGCUUCGUACCAUGAAUAAUGAUCAGCUCACUGAGGUAGAGCGACACGCAUUAAAAUCGUCAGAUGACUCAACGCGUGAUACAGUCCAGAAGAUCAUUUACAAAACUAUAGCGCAAAUCGGAACAGGACCUUCCCUCAUAAUGUUCACAAAUUGGAUCAAGAAUCAAGCGUUCACGGACGUAGAUGCGGCAGUCCUCGUUGCGAGAAUUCCCAAAACUGUUCGCGCACUUACGUCGGAAUAUCUGAAACACUUUCACGAAAUGAUUUCCACGCCAGAAACAAUGGACAAAGAUGUCUUCAACGUAUCCGCGCCUAUAGCAUUCGCUGAAUUGAUUCGUAGUGCCCAAGAGAGAAAAAGGUACUCACCAAACAGUUUGGGUUAUGUCACGGAUGAAGAUUUGGAGACGUAUAUUUCUUACUUCGCCAAACAAUUGAAAGAAGCUAUUGAGAAAAAUGAUAGGCAACGAGUACAUACAUAUAUAGUAGCAUUGAGUUAUACCGGUCAUCCGAAGAUACUUUCAGUUUUCGAACCAUAUCUGGAAGGCAAGCAAGCGAUAACCAAAUGUCAACGUACGAUGAUGGUCACUGGAUUAUCCAGUUUGGCCAGAAUUUAUCCGGCAUUAGCUAGAUCCGUCCUUUCCAAAAUCUACAUGAAUACACGUGAGGAUGAUGAGAUACGUGUCGCAGCAUUUUACUCUCUUAUCAGAACCGAUCCACCUCUAGUUACUUAUAUGCGCAUGGCACAAUUUACCAAUUUCGAUAGAAGCCCUCAGGUGAACUCUGCCGUUUCAACCACCAUAAAGAGUCUUGCUUCGUUAAAACAGGCGAGGGCGCAAAAUAUCGCUAUCAAAGCUCGCAUCGCCAGAGAAUUAUUAAAAAGGAAUUACGUCCACUCCUUGAACUCUAUAGCCUACUAUGCAGACACGGAUAAUGAGGACAGUAUUUUGCGAAGCUUUCAUGUUGAAACAAUGGGGCGCGCAAAAACUGACGUGAACUAUAUGCGCGUAGGAAUAAAUAUGGUAAACGAUUACUUAAAACUAUUCAACUUCAGAUUUGGGUAUGGAGUGUCAGACAUUAGACAGAUAAUGAAUGUCUUCAACGAGUAUUACAACCAAUUAUUGCCUAAACCAGAUCUACGGGAAAGAUCGCUUAUCGAAGAGCUCGUGAACGCACUUAAUAUUAAGCCCCUACCUGUAGAGCCAUUCGAAGGAUAUAUUUUUUCUGACAGCAAAUAUGAAACGCAAUUCUAUCCCUUCGACAAGAACUCUUUUGAAAGAGAUAUCAGCCGUACGAUAACUAAUAUCAGUAGAGCAUUAAACGAAGAUUUUAGCGUGAAUACUAUGUACAAUCACGAUGAAGUCCUCGGCUUCCCAACGGAAACUGGCCUGCCUUUUGUUCAUACUAUACAGACACCAAUUGUACAGAAAUUUAUACCAAAAAAUCCAAAGAUAUCAAUUGACAAGGACAUCGACCUAAAAACCUCAAUCCAAAUGUUAUUUACCAGUAGAGUACAGAACAGAUGGGGUUUCACAGUACCUUUCGAACUUCAGCAAUAUACGGCCGGUGUCGAUAGAGAUUUCUAUACCUACCUACCAGCAAAAGUCGAGGUUAAAAAGCAAUUUGAUAGAGACCAGAUUCAGUUGCAGAUAGGAGUAGACCCGGCACUAUUGCAAAAGAAUCAACAAGAUUACAGUUUGAUGCACUUCAGUACUGUUCCCUUCGUAAUACGACAUGAUGUCUUGGAUCUUGAACCAUUAUCUCGCAACAACAAGAUACAUGAUAAGAUUCAAGAAACCUCGAAGCGCAACAAGUUCCAACUAGGUAUAUUCGAAAUCCUAAUCCAAGGCCAUAGAAAAAUGAUAGAAACGCCGAAUCUGAAUAAUAUCGUAAAGUUGUUCUCUGCGGGUCAAGAAGAUAACCGUUAUAAGAAAAUCGACGUAUCCGUAAGUACAGCAGUCAAACCUGUUCAACUGACUAUUGCACACGCUAAAAACAAUAUCGAUACACCCACACUUCAAAUAGAGAUAGAGAAGGACUUAGAGAAAUUUGCAGUAAAUGAUAAACAACCAAACAGUGAAGCGAGAAGAAAACAAUUUUUGGCAGAAGUUAGCAAGGGUCUGCAAUCUUCCCACAAUCAUGUAUGGGACAUAGAUGUGGGAUACCCGACGAAUACAUCACAGAAACGGUCACAUCAAGUUUUCACUAUCGGCGUGGGACAUAGCAAUGCGGACAAGAGAUAUCAUACUAUUUUCUACUGGAAUAUCCAGCCGGGAACAAGUGAAAAUGUCGAUUAUGAAAUUUGCGGUAAUGGACGAAUGGCAUUAUCACGAGAAACUCCUCUAGAUUUGCAAAGAAUGUUAGACUCGGAACAACGAGACACUUUCGAAUAUGUUCUGCAAUAUGGAAAGAAUUAUAUUGACGGCAGAAAAGUGAAUAUCGUAGGAAAUACGUCACAAAGUAGCGAUCUGAAGAAUAUGUUGAGAAAUAAUAAAAUAAUCAAGGAAUGCCUAAGAGAUCUUAAAUAUAACAAAGAGUCUCAAGCUUGUCAAAAGGGAUCUCACUUGGCCCAGAUAAAGGAUCGAGUAAAUUUCUCAGUAGCUACGAAUUCUGAUUCGGACUCAAUAGUAAUUGAAAUUCUUUUUAAUGUUUUUAGUCACAUCUAUAGCAAAAUAGCAAAAAUAAUAAAGCCAAGAGAGAAUAGAAAGAACUCGAUCGACGUGGAAGUUAAAAUGUCACAAGAUCGUGAUCAAGCAGACGUUUUUGUAUCUAGUUUUGACAAGGAUAUUUCUCUUACCUUAUCCAGUUAUUCCAAUAUUCCAUCAUUGACCCUUAUGCCAUCGACAUUGACAUGGGAAUCAUGGCUAUCAGAAGUGUCACGUUGGGCAUCAAAAUUGUCAUGGCCGUUGCCACUAGAAGCAGCGCAGCAUUUAGCAACGGGAUUGCUGUCAUCGCGAUGGCUGGAACGCAUACAAUCACUAUGGAACCCAUCAUGGAAAUUAUUAUCUCUUGAGAAGCAAAUCGAUUAUAUGUCAAAAUACGCAGAGAAACCAUCUAUAUGCAAUGUUGGCAAACGCCAGAUUACUACCUUUGACAGUAAAACCUAUCCCAUGUAUGGAGAGAAAUAUUGGCAAGUACUCGUGAUUCCUAUUCCGCCAAAUGAGGAGACAAUUCCGGAAGAAGAGAGAAUGAGUAUUUUAAGUAGGGAAAAGAAUGGCCAAAAAGAGCUCCGCUUCAUCCUUAAUUAUAAACAAAUUGAUAUACGGAGAACGAAUGAUGGUAUCCAAAUCUCAAUCGAUGGACAGCCAGCCAAGCAAUAUAACACGCAUGAUAGACCAAACAACACAAGCUAUCAGAUCCGUGACAAUGAUAAUGUUGAUCUCGAAAUUUAUGAACUACCAGAUAAAUCAAUCGAGAUAAAAUCUUGCACACGUGGAGUCGAUGCCAUAUAUAAUGGAGAAACUAUUGCAAUUCGGGUAGCGGAUCAGUAUGCCAAUGAGAUACGCGGUCUUUGUGGCAAUUAUGACUCUCGACCCGAUAACGAUUUCCUCAGUCCGCAAAAUUGCGUCGCACAGAAACCUGAACACUUCCAUGCCAUGUAUACUUUGAUGGAGGGCAGCCACGAAAGAUGGAUUGCAAUAAACAAAGAUAAACAAUAUCCAUGCGUUCCGGAAACGAAUUAUCCGAACAAUGUUGUUAGCGACAUAGAGGCGGGAAGACCCCCACUGGAUUGGAGUCCAUACAGCAGAAAGGCUUCGCGCAAGGAAAUCAAAGAUCCUCAAACUGAAACUCCAUUCAUUUAUCGCACACAGAUCGAGGAAAGGGAUGAUAAUAUUUGUUUCUCUACCAGACCUAUCCCAGUGUGCCAAGGCAGUCUACCUGACCCCAACAAAAGAAAGAUGAAGAUCAUUGAAUUCUUCUGCUUGCCGAGAAACGAAGCUUCUGAACAAUUGAAACUCAGGGUCAAGAAUGGAGCCAAUCCGGAUUUCUCUCAAAAACCCGUCUCAUUUAAGAAGCCUUAUGAAGUUCCUCUUACUUGCCGAGCUGCAUAAUCAUAUGAUAUGUAGAGAUAUACCGACCGCGCAUGUUUAAUUGAAAGAAACGAUCCUUUUUUGUUUCCUUCCUUUUUUUUUUUAGGAAACAGAUAUGUUAUUUUAGUAAUUUAGUAAAGAUAUGUAAGCAAUAAUAAAGUUGAAGAUUUUCAACGUGA